CUCUCAAUCAAAAGAACUCAAUUCCUGUGACGAAAACAGCAUCUACAGCGAGGAACAAAAACAAAUACAUUGUUUUUCCACAAAAGCCCACGUCAGAGAGCAAAUCGUUCCAUAUGGUUCAUAUUAUUGAAUUGGUCGGCCAGCCGAAGGUUGAGUUUGCUCAACAAGUUACUAUGAACCGGGCUUUACAUCUGAAGCCAGCUGAAAAUGAAAGUCGCAGUGAGCAUUUAGAUCGCAAACUGUUCGUUGGCAUGCUCAGCAAACAACAAACCGAGGACGAUGUACGGCAAAUUUUUCAUCCAUUUGGCACUAUAGAGGAGUGCACCAUAUUGCGCGGCCCGGAUGGUGCUAGCAAGGGCUGCGCUUUCAUUAAAUUUGGUUCGCAACAAGAGGCACAAUCAGCAAUAACCAAUUUACACGGAAGUCAAACAAUGCCGGGAGCAUCUUCAAGUCUUGUUGUGAAAUACGCCGACACUGAGAAGGAGCGACAAAUUCGACGCAUGCAACAAAUGGCAGGUCAUAUGAACUUACUAAAUCCGUUUGUGUUUAAUCAAUUCGGUCCAUAUGGCGCCUACGCGCAGCAGCAGCAAACAGCCGCUUUAAUGGCAGCCGCUGCAACCGCGCCCGGUUCGACAACUUACAUGAAUCCAAUGGCAGCAUUGGCAACGCAAAUACCUCAUGGACUAACUGGAACUGGACAGCCACCGUCACUUCCGUCUCCUACCAUGCCCAACUUUAAUAUGGGCGCCAACACGCCCACCGGACAGCCAGGAGGCGCGGCUGCUGCAGCUGCUGCGGAUGGUGUAUUUACUAAUGGCAUUCCGCAAACGGCAUUCCCAGCACAUCCUCUUCACUUAACUAUACCAUCGCAAGGAUUGCCAAAUGCUGAUGCUGCUACUCUGCAACAUGCCUUCCCUGGUUUGCCACCGUUUCCAGGAGUUGCCUUUCCCGCCGUUUAUGGACAGUUUCCACAAGCUUUACCACCCCCCCUAGCGGCGGUUGCACCCACUCAACGUGAAGAUUUUCUGAUGUUCCCAGGAUGUUCUAUAUCCGGACCAGAGGGUUGCAAUCUGUUCAUCUAUCAUUUGCCACAAGAAUUUGGUGAUGCAGAGUUAAUGCAAAUGUUCCUGCCGUUUGGCAAUGUGAUCAGCUCUAAAGUCUUUAUAGAUCGUGCUACAAACCAGAGUAAAUGUUUCGGUUUUGUUUCAUUUGACAACCCCGCCAGCGCUCAAGCGGCCAUUCAGGCCAUGAAUGGCUUUCAGAUUGGUAUGAAAAGACUGAAAGUUCAAUUGAAACGGCCCAAGGAUGCCAGUCGACCCUAUUAACAAUCAGAGUUCCUUAAGCGCAAUCUUCAAAAUGUUUCGCCAACUUCAGCUAUAGCUACAACUACAGUUCUUCAAACAACCAAUCUUAAUAUAAAUAGCAACAAUUUCAGUUCACAAUCAACCAAUGAUUAUACAAAUCGUAACACUUUUGCCAGUUGGCGGAACGGUACCUAUUGCUAUCGCUACAGUAGCCGCAACAGCAGCACAACUAGCAACAACAGUAGCUUCAACAACCCCAGGAGCAACAGUGACAUUACUUCUGGCUGGACUGAAAAUAAAAAUUAUUCCAAAGUGGAGCUAGUUGAAAAACUGUUCAUGUGGCAGCAACAACAGCAACAAAAGGCUUAGACGACAAUGGUUGCCCAUAACCCAAGUGGAAAGUAAUUUUAAUGGAUGGACUUCAACAUUUUAAACGUGAAAUUAAGCCCAAAACUUAUACAUACAUAUAUGUAUUUAUCUAUAAACCUAAAAUUAGAAAAAUAAUGAUAUACCUUAGAGCUGAAAUUUAAAGAAUAGAUUUAUAUAAAUAUAUACAACAGAAACGAUGUGCAUAAUGAGGUCUGGUGGUAGAUGCAGACGAGUGCCGAUCUUAAAAAUAACACAAAUAAAUUUUGCCAAAAUAUCGAUUAUAUAUAUUUAUAAAAGCAACCAAAUAUUUAGUGUUGUUAUCAAAAAGAAUUUUAAAAAUGAGGAAGAACUUACACAUACACUAACUUGAGACAAAAACUGACUGGUAUGAGACCAAAAGUAUCUGGGUUUUCAAUAUGAAAAAUACAUAAAUUUAAAAAUGUAAAGUUUUUAUACAAAACAAUAAAAUAAAGAAUGCAACUUAGUCAUGGGAAUUUAAGGACAAAAAAAACCCAAUAAGAUCUGAGAAACCCAAACGAAUACACAAAAACCAAAUUUAAGACGGAUACAAAUAUUUAGUGAAAAACCUAUCAAACAAUAUAUUUGUUGAUUUGAUGAUAAGCAAAAAAUUAUGCAAACUUUAACUUUAAGAACCUUAAAAUGAUAUUGACGAGGUAGCACCUUAACUUUUUAGUAUUUACUAUAAGAAAAUGUCAAAACAUAUACAAAUAUGGUAUGUGUAUACAAACAAAACUUAACACAAAAAUUCGAAUUUAAUUAAAUGUAAGAGAAAAUCUGAAUACUGUAGAGGUAGGUAAUGCAGAUAAAUGCAAAUCAAUAUGGGAUUGCUUAACAAUGGAUAAAAAGAAUAUAUAUAUAUGUAUAUAUAAUU